CACGAAACCAAACCAGACCACCAGACCCGAGCCGAGCCGCCGGAGCCAGGGGGUAGGUAGGUGGCGCCUCUCCGUCGCGUAUUUAGAGUCCACCCCCUCUCCUUCCUCCUCCGUUCCGCCUCACCAACCGUAACCAGACCAACCAAUCUACCACCCCCCUCCAAUGGCAGCCGCGCCCACGUCGCACCAGCUCGCCGCCGGGGCGCCCUGGAGCUCCCUCCCCCGCGGCGGGUUCCGGGCGCUCACGGACUCCGCCCCCGCCUCCGUCCGCUUCUCCGUCGGCCGCCGCCGCGCCGCCCGCCUAGAGGUGAAGGCGGCUGGAAAUAUCUUCGGGGACUACUUCCAGGUUGCAACUUAUGGAGAGUCUCACGGAGGUGGCGUUGGCUGCGUUAUCAGUGGUUGUCCACCCAGAAUCCCACUCACCGAGGAAGACAUGCAAGGAGACCUUGAUCGAAGGCGGCCAGGUCAGAGCAGAAUAACAACCCCAAGGAAGGAGACCGAUACUUGUAAAAUUCUUUCAGGGACAUAUGAAGGAAUGACCACUGGGACGCCGAUUCAUGUUUUUGUCCCAAACACGGAUCAAAGAGGGGGUGAUUACACUGAAAUGGCUAAGGCAUACAGACCUUCCCAUGCGGAUUUAACUUAUGACCUCAAGUACGGUGUUAGAUCUGUUCAGGGAGGUGGAAGGUCAUCAGCAAGAGAAACCAUUGGAAGGGUAGCUGCAGGAGCUGUUGCAAAGAAAAUUCUUAAGCUCAAAUGUGGAGUAGAGAUUCUAGCAUUUGUUUCCAAAGUGCAUCAAGUGGUACUUCCUGAAGACGCAGUUGAUUACGAAACUCUUACCCUGGAUCAGAUAGAGAGCAACAUUUGUAGAUGUCCUGAUCCAGAAUAUGCACAGAAGAUGAUUGAUGCAAUUGAUAAAGUACGGAUUAAUGGGAAUUCGAUUGGUGGGGUGGUCACAUGCAUUGCCAGAAAUGUUCCUCGUGGGCUUGGCUCUCCUGUAUUUGACAAACUUGAAGCUCUACUGGCAAAGGCUAUGCUUUCUCUUCCUGCAAGCAAGGGGUUUGAGAUCGGUAGUGGAUUUGCAGGUACUGACCUAACUGGAAGUGAGCAUAACGAUGAGUUUUAUAUGGAUGAGGCUGGAAAUGUGAGAACACGAACCAAUCGCUCAGGCGGUGUACAGGGAGGGAUAUCAAAUGGUGAAACUAUAUACUUCAAAGUAGCUUUCAAGCCAACAGCAACUAUUGGGAAGAAGCAAAAUACUGUAACAAGGGAUCAUGAGGAUAUCGAACUAAAGACAAGGGGUCGCCAUGACCCAUGUGUUGUCCCUCGGGUUCACAGAGGAAGUAGUGUCCUAUCAUCUGAUCUUUCCCCCGUCAUUGCUUUUGUAGCUGUUCCAAUGGUGGAGACGAUGGCCGCAUUGGUCCUCAUGGACCAACUGAUGGCACAUGUUGCUCAAUGCGAGAUGUUCCCGCUGAACCUUGCCCUACAAGAACCAAUCGGCUCUGCGAACAGUACACCUGCGUUGGCACCAGAUCUAGCAUAAAUGCAUAAUACCCGCCUUGGAACGAGAAGGCCCUCUUAUAUAUUCUCCUCCCUCUCUUUCAUCUGCCACAUUUCAGGGUUUUGCUAAGCAGUUUGCAGUUUUGUACCAAACCUGUAUCCUAGAAUAUACAUUGGAUUAGUGUACACCAAAAGAUAUGUUGAUCUCCGAAAAUAAAAGUUUGUGGCAUGAGCAGUUUGGUCUGGACAAGACAACCAGUCAAUGUGAGCAAUAGAACAUUUGUCCACUUGUUGAAGAUA